UUAUUAUUAUUAUUAUUGUUGUUAUUUGAAAUCUUUCUUUUUCUUCUUUGUCUUUUAUAUUUUAUGUCCAGCUUAUUUACUUCUUCCAUUUGAUUAAUAUCAGAUUCUGAGGUACUAGUUUUAUCUUUAGAUUCAUACCCUUUCUUCGUUCGUUUACGUGAUUUUAAACUCCUAACCCCAAAUUUUGACGUACUAUCAAAUUCCAUUCUAUUGCUCACUUAAAUAUUCUAUAUAAAUAUAAUUCAAAAUUUAUAAAAUUGCAACAUUCAGAGUAUUAAUAAUAUUCUUGCAAUUAAUAGCAGAGAUAAGAAAUAAUAUGCAAAUAAGAAUUCUAAACUUAAUUAUCGUUGUACACAUGGGGGCACAUCUAUUCACGUAUCUUAUUCAAAUAAACAACAAUGAAUAAUAUAAGAACAUCAAAAUAAUAAUAUUCGUAAAUAUUUAGGUUAACGUUUGUCUUUUAGAAAAUAAAAUAUAGGAGAACAGUAAUAAUACCAAAUACAAUAUAUACACAACAUUGGCGUAAUUAACACAUUAAAACUUAGAAAUUCGGUGCAUAAACUGUGUAAUUUUUAUUUUUAACAAUAAUGCGUUCGAGAUUGAUUGAAAGUACUCUACAAUUUAAGAGUAAUAAAUCAUUAUUAGAAAAGAGGCUUUCUUUUCCUCAAAUAUGUUCCGUUUUAAAAUAUAGUGCCAGUUCAGAGAAAAAUAAAACAAAAACUGAUGACGAUGAUGAUGAUAAUUAUGAUAAACCUUAUAAAUUUUCAACAUCAAAAGCAGCAAAACUUUCUGCUAGAUAUACAAGUGCAAAAGCCAGAAAUAAACCAUUCUUACAACCAACAAUUAUAGGUUUAAGCUUAGCUGUCUUUUUUAUAUACUUUGGUAUCUUGAGAGAAGAAAAUGAUAUAGAUGAAGCUAUGAUACAAAAUAUGGAUCCAACAAUGGUAAAAGAAAUAUAUGGUAACAGAAAAAUAUAAAAUGUAAAAUGAAAUUAAAUAAUAGAAUCUAUAAUAGAAUCUAAUGUAGUUGAAAAUAUUUAUUUAGUAAUUAACAUGUAUAAAUAAAUGUUCUUUAUUAAAUAAAACUAUAAGUAAAUAUCUAUAAUGGAUAAAGUAAUUCACCCCAUAUUAUAUUAUUUAUUAUCUUAUUCCAUUCUAUGGGUGGAUGACGAUUAAUUGUAUCUGGUAUACACUUGUCCCAUGUAUAAUGCCAUGAUGCUACAACCAUUGUCAUUAUUAAUACUACUGGUCCUUCUGUUUUAUAUGAAUGUACUUUAAUAUUAACAACACUACAUGUGCUGUAAGAAUGAAAUAACCACUUAAAAAAUGCAUAUACAGGCAUAACUUGAAGAUAAAACUUCAUUCUUGUCAACAAACCUCCAAAGCUAAUUAAUACCAAUCUGAGCUGUAAAAUGAACCUAUUAAUUAUUAAAUGACAAUCAUAGUCAUAAUCUACAAUCAUAGACAUAAUCUAAUUAUCUAUAAUGUACCAUAGUAAAAACCACAUAAUAGACCCAAGUUGUUGGCAUGAGGAACAACAAAAUAGUAAACAAUAAAGUUCCAACAAACAGCUGAUCAGGUUGAUAUUGGCAAGAAUCAAUUCUUUCUCUCAAUGGAUUCUUCUUCUUACCCAAAAAUAAUCGAAACAAAGCAGUAAUACCUCUCAACUGAAUGUUGAAAAGCCUGUUGAAAAAAUCAAAUUAUUUUCUGAUCGCAUUUUUACAGUUUCUGUAACUUAUGUGUUUAAUACCUUGCAGCAUAUACAUAAAUACAAUAAGCAUGAAAACUGACAAGUGCUAAAAGAUCAGCUGCUAUUGCUAUUUGAAAUGUAAUGCCAAGCUUUCCAAACAUUACCAAUACUUCGAAUGUAAAAUCCAUCACAGGUUUCAUAAAUAUUAAAAAUGUCCACCACAUAUGUAUAUGGUAUAAAAAAAAUUUUCCAAGCAUAUUAUUUAAGGCAUGAUUUAAUUUUAAGCCAGCUGGUACACCCAUUAGCCAAUUGAUUAAAUCUUUCAGAAACGUUACUACCUUCUAUAAAAUAUCCAAAAGUAUCUGAGACGGAGAUAUAUAUUCAAAAUUGUGCAACAACAAUUGCAAUAUAGAAAUUCCCAGUAACAUGUCUAUUAUUAACGCAAAAACAUAGUUACCAGUUUUUAAAGUGCAUCUUUUGUUCUUUAUUACAGUGAUUAAUAUCCAUUUAAUAUUCUUCAACCAUCCAUUAACAUGUAAGGCGAGAGAAGAAUAUUUUAAAAUUGGUAGUAAUUUGUUGGUAAUUUUGGCAAGAAAAAGAACUGGAUAAAAAUAUAUAAACAUAUGAUAUACAAGUAGCGUUUCCUUUAUAUAAGUACGUUUCUUUUUUUUCUGUAUUUCUUUUUCAAUUUGCUUGUUUUGUAUGAUUUUCAUUAACUCAUAAAAGUGGUCUCCAGAUAUUGUUUUUUGAGCAAAUAAUUCUGUUUCUCUGAAUGCAGACUGAUCAUAGACUGUAAUGACUAUAUGACACUGUGAAGUGGAUAUUUUUUUAUUAUUCACAAUAAUAUUUCUCAAAUUAUAAUCAUAGAUAUUGUCUUUAGAGAAAAAUGUAGGAUGUAAGCAUACAUUAAUCCAAUCUAAAUAUUUCUUAUCCACAUAUCCUCGUUUGUAUUCUGUACCAAAGUAAUAUCCAAUUAUGUUAACGUAUUUAAUUGUUUCUAAAUUGUCUACUUUACAUACACCGAUGACAUAAAACUUUUUUACUCCUGUAUUAUCAUCAUAUACUACUUUACCAAACAUGUAUCCAGGCUUUUCUUUAUAAAGUCUGUUUGGUAAAAAAACUAAUACACUUUUCAUUGCAGAUUUUUCAUUAAUAUAGGGUACAAUCAUGUGUUUAAUAAAAACAUUGUUCGUAUGCAUUAAUGUAUUAAUUUUUUGAUGCCUUAUUCCACUUUUUCAAAUGUUUUAUUAUAAUGUUUUAUCAUCGGUUAAUCUUCCAUAAUAAUAAUACAAUCUCUUUCAUUUUAUUCUAAAUUGUAAUCUUUUUUAAAUCGUGCAUUGACGAUAUAUUGACAAGCGGUCAGCUGUUUCCGGUUUGCAAAAAUACAGGUGGCUCGACAGAAAUCUGUGAAAAUCCCGGCUAAUUAGGUUUAAUUAAAUAAGCAGUACUUGGACUGGCAGCACCGAAGUAAACAACGAACGUGUGAUGAAGCUUUAGUAUUGGUAUUUUCUCUCUUUUAAUUUCCUUUUGGUUUGGACGGAUAAUGUUGAAAGAAGAGGUUGAAGCAAGCAGGCCUAGAAAUGGUGAUAACUCGCACACGACUACACCGGACUCAGGAAGUAACGACGUGGCCAAAGAGUCGCAUCAGAAGAUCGCGAUAAAAGAGAGACUAGCUAACAAGAUGUUUUCAUAUGCCAGGAAAAUCAUUCGUUUUUUCCUUGCAAUUAUCUUUACUACCUUAGCUGCUCUUCAUAGUUCUUCUCCCAAAGUAUCAAAACCUCCAUUAGCUAAACCAUUUUUCAAUCAAAGUUCAAUUGUUUUGGAUUUUUAUAAAGGACAUUUAGGAGCUAUGAUAGAAAGAGUUACAGAAGCAGACUUUAGUUUUGUUAUGUACUAUGCUCCAUGGGAUGCAGAAAGCCAAGCUGUGCGCCAAGAAUUUGAAACAGUUGCUCAAUAUUAUCAUUCGCAGAUUUUUUUUGCUGCUAUUAAUUGUUGGCAUCCGAAUUCAGAAUGUAGAGCUCAAUAUAACAAAAUACAAAGUUAUCCAGUGCUAAUGCUUUAUCCUUCGAGGGAUUCUGGUAUAGAAUACAGAGAUUGUAGUAGUAGGCUAUUUUAAUUUCACUCGGUUAGAUAAAACUCCUGGUUACAAAGAAUUUUAUAAGGCUGCUUUACGAACAUUAGAAGAGGACCCUAAUAGAGAAUUGGCUUUUGCUAUUGUCACUAGUGCACUAUCUAGUGAAACGGACUAUAAUAUUUAUAAACUUCCAUCUGCAAAUUUAUUUAUGUGGAGCAAGUUUCUAAGGUAUCCAGAAGACUCUGAAUGGACUUCCGAAAACAUAUUAAAUUGGAUUAGCAGCUUUAUUCACCAACCAGUUUUGUGGCUGCAACCUCCUGGAAUAAAAGCAUUAACAUUAGCACCAUAUUUGAGAGAAGGGCCUGUGCUUUUUCUCUUCACUCCUCGUAAUCCUUUGCACUCUGAAAAUUAUAAUUUUAACUUGAUGAGAGAAAUUGGACUGCAAUAUUAUAAUUGUGGAGAUAACAUCUUAACUAAGGAGAUAAUUAAUCGUCUCAGUUUCAAGCGUCGCACUGCUAUUGCGAGACAUUCGGAGCAAAACAAAUUUUGUGCAAAACUUUUGAAGGAAAUUAGUAAUCAAAGGAAUGAUUUUAUUACCAGCACCUCAAUUCAAAAAUGGAUUAAUGAUAGUUGCUGUGUUAAUGUUGUAAUGAAUAAAUGUUCUUUGUGUAAAAAGAAUAUAUUCAACAAUGCAAAAAAAGAAAUGUCUAUUUGUAAACUGAAUAGUGAUAAAUUUGAUCACGUUUGCGAAGGCGUUGAUAUUUUCAAAGUUUCAGCUACACAUGAUUCACAACAGAAAUAUGAAAUUUGUUGUAAUGAAGAUCCUACUACAGUAAAAUACGAAGACAACUUUAAAUUUAAAAGUCAAAAAUACAAAAUAUCGACAUUUACUGCGAACGAAGAGGAUAUAAGAUCUGCAAAUGCAAUAAAACAAGCACAUUUAAGAUCUGAGUGUAAAAGAUGGAUAAUUGGAAAUAGAUAUCAUCAACCUAUAUUUCCGCGAGAUAAUCUCGAAUAUCCAAAUAUAAAUUUAACAAAAUCAGUGUGUACAAUUAAUAAAACAUUGACAUUAAUAGCAAUUGAUAGUUUACAUUAUUUUUAUUUCGCGGAAGGCCUGGGCAUAGACCUUUUAAAAAGGAAAGAUAAAACUGCUGUUGUUAUAUUAGACGUUAUUCAUGAAAGUCAAUAUGUCAUGCAGGAGGAUUUUAAUCGAUAUACAUUUAUACAGUUUAUAAAUAAUUAUACUCAAGGUUUUCUACAACGUACAUUACGUUCUAAUAAUUCGAGACGUUUUGUACAAAAAUUUAAAACUAAAGUUAGUUGUAAAACGAAAAAUGUACAAAAUAUAUGCAUACCAGAAUUAACAACUGAAACAUUCUUAGAUACUAUAUUAGAUCCAACAAAGGAUGUGGUCAUAAUGUACCAUUCUCCUUAUUGUGCAUUUUGUAGCGCGAUAUUUUAUGUAUAUUUAACAGUAGCUCAUUACUUACACAAAAUGGAUCAUCUGUUAUUUGUAAGAGUAGAUGGUGAUAAUAAUGAUUUACCGUGGGAGUAUAAUAUGAAUCGAUUCCCGUCCAUUCUUUUUUUUCCUGCCAAAAGAAAAGAGGAUAGCACGGUGUAUCCAUUUUCUUUGUCAAUUACAAUACCGAAUCUUGUGAAUUUUAUCUUAGCGAAUUUGGACGAAGAUUCGCAUGUUGAAGCGCUUGUAAAUAUUUGUCAAUCUGGAGCCGGAAGAAUAAGUGCCAGAAAUAAAAGAAAAGUCAUUUUACUAAAGUUGGCACACAUUAAAGAUAUACACUUAAUAUUAAGUUCCACUGUCGACCUCAGCGAGGAUCAACACAAAGUAAAACUCAUCAGAAAAAAAUAUAGAAAAUAUUAUAAAAAUAUUAGGUCACUUGA